AUGUCGUUUUCUGACUCCAGCGCUACCUUCCUGCUCAACGAGGGCUCGGCGGACUCCUACACCAGCCGCCCAUCCCUGGACUCCGACGUGUCCCUGGAAGAGGACCGUGAGGGCGCCCGGCGCGAGGUGGAGAGCCAGGCUCAGCAGCAGCUCGAGAGGGCCAAGCACAAGCCGGUCGCCUUUGCUGUGCGCACCAAUGUCAGCUACUGCGGGGCGCUGGAUGAGGAGUGCCCAGUGCAGGGAGCCGCCAUCAACUUUGAAGCCAAAGAUUUCCUGCACAUCAAGGAGAAAUACAGCAAUGACUGGUGGAUCGGGCGCCUAGUGAAGGAGGGGGGGGACAUCGCCUUCAUCCCCAGCCCCCAGCGCCUGGAAGCCAUGAGGCUCAAGCAGGAGCAGAAAGCUAGGAGAGCUGGCAAUGCCUCAGGCCUCGGCGACAGCGGGAGCCGGCGAUCGCCUCCCCCCUCCUUAGCCAAGCAGAAGCAGAAGCAGACGCAGCACAUCCCACCCUACGAUGUGGUCCCCUCCAUGCGGCCCGUGGUGCUGGUGGGGCCCUCACUGAAAGGAUACGAGGUCACCGACAUGAUGCAGAAAGCCCUGUUCGACUUCCUCAAGCACAGAUUCGACGGCAGGAUCUCCAUCACCCACAUCACAGCUGACCUGUCCCUGGCCAAGCGCUCCAUCCUCAACAACCUGGGCAAGCAGGCGAUCCUGGAGCGCUCCACCACCCGAUCGAGCAUUGCCGAGGUGCAGAGUGAGAUCGAACGCAUCUUCGAGCUGGCCAAGUCCCUGCAGCUGGUGGUGCUGGACGCUGACACCAUCAACCACCCGGCCCAGCUGGCCAAGACCUCCCUGGCACCCAUCAUCGUCUAUGUCAAGGUGUCCUCCCCCAAGGUCCUGCAGCGGCUCAUCAAGUCCAGGGGCAAGUCCCAGGUGAAGCACCUCAAUGUGCAGAUGAUGGCAGCUGACAAGCUGGUGCAGUGUCCCCCGGAGCUCUUUGAUGUGAUCCUGGAUGAGAACCAGCUGGAGGAUGCCUGUGAGCACCUGGCUGAGUACCUGGAGGUUUACUGGCGUGCCACGCAUCACCCACCACAUGCCCCCCACGCUGUCCCCUCGCCCACCGGACUGCCAGGCCUGCAGAGCCAGCAGCUGCUGGGGGAGCGGGGCGAGCACUCGCCGCUGGAGCACGACAGCCUGAUGCCAUCGGAUGAAGCGGGGGACACCUCGCCCCAGCAUUGGGGGGCCACAUCCCAGCGCAGCUCGCGGCACCUGGAGGAGGAGGAGGAGUACGGAGACCCCUACCCAGACCUGUACCAGCCCCACCGGCACCACGGCAGCGGUCCCGGCACGCCGGAGCGCCCGAGCGAGCGCAACCACGACAGGAACUGGCAGCGCAGCCGGCCCUGGGCCAAGGACAGCUAUUAG